AUGUCUUGGCUAGCCGCCUACCUUCGUCAUUUUGGACAGUACCAGCAUCUCACGUCUGAAACUCCAACCCCAGUGCGAGUACGUGUGUUUGACAGGGUUCUGUCACGUGCGCGCAUACGUGCGUUGAUUGGUCCCUUGAGGGGUUAUGGCGACCCCUCCCACCGGUCCACCGCCGCAAAAAUGGUUGGGAUAGAAUUCAUUGACUACCUGACAAAACUUCAUGUCUCUGAUUUCCUCGGCUUGGAGGAUUUUGCGGACAAAAUGAGCUUCAUGUACUCCGUUCUGAUUCUGCUCCUUUGCACAACAAUAAUCGCAGUCAAGCAAUAUCUGCUUGCCAGCAUCGCGUGCUACAUACCCACAGUACCUUCCGGCAAGGAUUUCGAGAAGUUCCUGCAAAACUUUUGUUGGGUCCACGGAACGAUUCCUAUUUUGGAGGGGGAGCACAUCCCUCAAAACUACUCUGAGUGGCACGAUGCUGAUGAAAAUAUGAGAAUUAAUUACUACCAGUGGGUCCCCUUCAUGCUUGGUCUACAGUGCAUCCUUUUCUACGUUCCACGCGUCGUUUGGCAGAUAAUCUGCUACAACCGUACAGGAACAGAUUUGGAGAAUCUCAUCGCUGUGGCGAACAAAGCGAGCAACACCAUUGAGAACGACCGCAAGAUGCUUGUAAAACACGUUGCUGGAACAAUGGCAGAAAUGCUGUUCCAACACCGCGACUACCGUCGUGGCAAAGUCGCUGACGCGCGCCGAAAGGCCUUUAAGUUUUUCGGAAUGUUUAUUGCUAGCAAGCGUUUGGGGACUUGGCUCAUUUUCACCUAUCUCUUCAUAAAGUGCAUCUAUCUGGCAAACGCAAUCGGCCAGCUCUAUCUCAUGCAGACCUUCCUUGGAUUCAACAAAUCAAUGAGCAAUUUCGGUUACGAGGUUGCUAGGUACAUGGUAAAUGGUCGAGACUGGGAUGAGACCAGAAUUUUUCCCCGUGUCUCCUUCUGCUACCUGGAACAUGUUCGCCACCUCGGGACAACUAAUAGAUACGUAGCCCAAUGUGUACUUCCUGUGAACAUGCUGAACGAAAAACUCUACAUUUUCUUGUGGUUCUGGACGGCCAUCGUCGCGGUAUGCACAGCUGUUUCGAUCCCACUAUGGAUCAUGCGGCUGGGUCGUGAAAAGAAUAAGGUUCAUUUCAUCAAGAAGUUCCUUCGUCUCCAGGAUAUAUACACUCCAGAGCACAAAGAAAUUUUGCGCAAUUUCAUUUCCGACUUCUUACGUCACGACGGCGUCUUCCUGUUGCGCAUGAUAUCCAUGAAUGCCGGCGAUGUCGUGACCGCCGAUGUUGUUGUGGAGAUGUGGGACAUCUACAAGACCAAGUAUAAGAACAGGGCUAUGCUGAAUGACAUUGCGCGUGACAUUGCUGCUCAAAGGCGGCAACUCGAAGAGGGCGGCGAGACGACACAACGCAGAGCACCCUAUGAGAAGAAGGCGUCUGUUGUCUAG